AUGGCGAGAGGACGAGGCAAACAAGAUGGAGGGCGUGGUGAUGGAAGUCGUGGUGAGGCGACGCGUCACUCGCGCCGCACGCAAGGACUGCUUGCGGAAGAGCACAAGGACCUGGAUGUCAUCAGCUGGGAGAAUCGUGCGCGGAAGAAGGCAGAACGGGACGCCAAAGCGGCUGCAGAGCAAGAGCAGAAGACCACCGAGAAUGCUGCCCAAGACGACCAAGUGUCGACGGAGGCGGCAGAAUCGGCCCCAAGUUCAAGCUCCAAGCCUGGAGGUGUCGAAGAAGAGCAGGCUCAAAACCCUGAGUCUGCGCCGGCAUCUGAGGGAGGCGCCAAUGUGGGUGAGCCCCCGGCGGCGGAUCGAGUUUCGGACUCUCCGCCGCCGGAUCAAGAUGUGGAAGUGCUCAAGGUAGUUCCAGCCAAGGUCAAGGUCGAAGUGAUCGAGAUCGAGGAUUCGGAAGCCGAGGCGGAGUCAGCGCUUGAGGAUCCGGAUGCGUCUUCGCGCUCGCCGCAGAGUUCGUCAAACCCGCCCCCGUCAUCGUCGCAGGAUCAAGCCUCUGGAUCCAAGGUGUUGCCCCAAGGUGAUGCCUCGAACCCGGCUCCAGCACCUGAAGGCCAGAACGCGGUAUUGCGUUCGAGCCCAAGUCCAAGUGCGAGCGAGGUCCAGCUUGAUGAGACGGCGGCGAAGAACUUCGUGGCUCGACAAGUGUAUCGCUGGGAGCUGAUGCGUUCUGGACGCGUCGUUCCACCUUCGGUUGAGUACGCUUGGCCGACUCCGCGUCCAGACUUCACGGCCUGGCAAGAAGCUACCAUG